AUGGCUGAACAAGCAACAGAAGAAGAUAUCCUCCUCGCCAAGCGCAUCAUUUCGGCAGCGGAGCGUCACGAUGUGCCAGCGUUGAACAUCCUGCUCAAGGACGGAUCGGCAAACGUGCAAGACCCCACAGCAACAGUAUCAACAUCACCACUUCACGCAGCAAUUGCAGCUUGUGGCAGAGCUGAGGAUGGGAAAGAAGCCAGUGAUGCCGCGGUUCAAACGGUAGAAACACUUCUUCAAAAUGGCGCCAUCUGGAACGAUCUCAACAAAGAGGACGAGACACCAGGAUGCAUCGCUCUCCGCUUAGGCCAAAAGAAGAUAUACGAGAUGAUGGUUGAAGCCGGUGUACGUGCUGAAAUCCUCUUCGCUCGACUAGAAGCGCUCGGCAUGGGCGACAAUGAUGUAGAAGAAGAAGCCGAUGAGGAAGAAGACACAGAGCAACCUGCCGCCAAGAAGCAAAAGGUCUCGGAAGAAGACGCCAAAGCCAUCGAACAGGUUGUCGAGGAAAAGGUUCUUGACGAUGUCUCUCUUGACAAUAAGGCCUACCUUAGAAGUCAACUCCGCUACAAACCCGGCAUUCUCCUUGACGAAUCCGACAACGCUGUUAUGAUGGACUGGGAAAUGCAAAUUAUGCAACGCCAUGCCGAGACUCUGAUCCCUAAGAAGGGUCUCCGUACUAUGAAUGUAGGCCACGGAAUGGGUAUCGUGGAUACUGCUAUUCUUACGCACGAUCCUGCAGAGCACCACAUCAUCGAGGCGCAUCCACAGGUACACCAGCGUCUCCGUGAGCAAGGCUGGUACGACAAGCCCAAUGUCAAGAUUCACGAGGGCCGGUGGCAAGAUAUCUUGCCUAAGCUGGUAGAGCAGGGCGUCGUGCUAGAUGCCAUCUAUUACGACACCUUUGCUGAGGAUUACAAGGCGCUCAAGGAGUUCUUCGCCGAAUAUGUGGUUGCGCUGCUGGCCAAGGAUGGCAAGUUUGGUUGGUACAAUGGGCUAGGUGCUGAUCGCCAGAUUUGCUAUGAUGUUUACACAAAGGUUGCUGAGAUGGACCUCUACGAGGCGGGUUUCGAUACCGAAUGGGAGGAGAUCAACGUACCAUCGGGUCUGCAUGGAAGUGAUCAGUGGGAAGGAACCAGAAGGCCGUACUGGACAAUCGACAUUUACAGGUUGCCUGUGAACACUUUCGUCAAGUGA